UUAUUUCACAAAAUAACUGGUGUAUAUCUAAUUUUGGAUUCUCCUGUAGUUUUAAUGGUAGGGCCCUGUCCGUCUCUCAACCCUUCCUUUUUCUAUCGCAAUAGCAGCCAUGAGCAUGCUCAGGCUUCAAAAGAGGCUUGCCUCCAGCGUCCUGCGCUGUGGCAAGAAGAAGGUAUGGCUGGACCCCAACGAGACCAAUGAGAUUGCUAACGCCAACUCCCGCCAGCAGAUCCGUAAACUGGUAAAGGAUGGUCUUAUCAUCCGCAAGCCUGUCACGGUGCACUCUCGUGCCCGCUGCCGCAAGAACACGCUGGCACGUCGCAAGGGAAGACACACGGGAAUCGGUAAGAGAAAGGGUACAGCCAAUGCCCGUAUGCCAGAGAAGCUGUCCUGGAUGCGUCGCAUGAGAAUCCUGCGUCGUCUUCUCCGUCGCUACAGGGAGUCCCAUAAGAUUGACAGGCACAUGUACCACAGCCUCUACCUUAAGGUGAAGGGUAACGUGUUCAAGAACAAGCGUAUCCUCAUGGAGCACAUCCACAAGCUGAAGGCAGACAAGGCCCGCAAGAAGCUUCUGUGUGACCAGGCUGAGGCCCGUCGUUCCAAGACAAAGGAGGCCCGUAAGCGCAGAGAGGAGCGCCUGGCAGCAAAGAAAGAGGAGAUCAUCAAGACCCUGUCAAAGGAGGAGGAGACCACCAAGAAGUAAACAGCUUCUUGUCCCUGACAUGCACCUGCUGUACCUCCCUCUGUCAAGUGUUGACAAUAAAGUGUACGAAAGACACAA